AUGCCGAAGUACAACAAAAUUCGGGCCGACGAGGAUGAGGAGAGAGGAGCAAAGAUGCAAGGAAAGGCAUCGUUCUCCGAUGAACUCGCAGAGACACCUACCACCAACACACCAGCCGUAUGUGUCGAGAUUGGUGGCUCUAGCAAGCCAUGCAAGAGCGCAACUCAGCCAAGCCUCGACGAGUUGUUAUCAGAAUACGUUGUCCCAACCCCAUUCGUCAACGGCGAGGAAAGAAAACGAGAGACUGCCAAAAAUGAAGCUCCCCAGGAGGAUGAAGGCAUUUCUGAAUAUCAGCUCUUGGAUUCGGAUGGUGAGUAUGAGGGCGAGGAAGAGUACGAGGACAAACAAAUCACCCGAAUGUUCCGACCGAGUCUUGAAGAACGGAUUGGAUACCAAGCCGGCUUCACUACCGGACAUGCACUCACCGCUCAGCUCAACGAGAGUGAGGACAGAGUCGUGCUCAUGUGGCAAGCAUCAAGCAUUCGACAAAGGAAGAUUGAUUCUUUCAUCGCUGAAGGUUUAUCUGCCCAAGGAGCUGCUUUUCAAGCCGAUGUGCUCUUCGAAUACCAAAGAAUGAGAACACGAAAAAGCUCAUAUGACGCAGAGAUCUCAGCAUUCUUACAAAAGUGUGAUCACGAUUUAGCAUCUGAACACUCUUCCGCCUUGUCUGAAAACAACGAAACGUAUGCAGGCCAAGAGGAAGAUGGCCUCGAGCCUCUCAUCAAUAGAGAUCUCGAGGACAAGGUUUGGAAUGCAUGGUGUGCGACCUGUGACCACACUCCUGAAAAGAUUGCCAAGUACUUUGAGAAGCGUUUUCUCUGCGGUGAGGAAAAGGAAGAGUACCAGGCUUUCGCGGGUGGCAUGACUCGGCUUUGGGUAUCCCAUGGUGACACAGAAGCCGAGGCCACUGGGAAACUGAAAAAUUUCUGCGCUUGGGCUGUCCUCCUACUUGCAAUUUCUGCUCAACGAACCAGGACAAGUGACCCGUGCGCCUCAAUCAGCCAGUUUGUUCACAAUUCGAGGCUCGACUAA